AUGGACGCAGCGUCUCUGGGUCAGGCUUCACAGCUGGCCUCCAGAGGCGUCGUUCACCCACAACAAACCCAGCCGCUACAGCAGCAGCAAGGCCACCCUCAUCACUCCCAGCAUCAACAUCAUCCUUCCUUUCAUCUCUCGCAGAACGCCGAUGGUGCCAGCACUCCCCAGCUAGGCAGCAGCAAUGCUCACCCCAAUCUAGAUUUAUCCGCACCUCAAGCUUCAUCUCUCCUCUCCUCUGCCGGCCCACCUCCUACCUCUGGUCCAGCCAUCCCAGCGGGCACCGGGCCAGGAGGUACACCCACUACUGCUCUGUCCGUCUACCAUCUCAUCUCCCAGCUCUGUCAACGCCCAGAUCCCGCUUCCACCUCGGCACAGAAGGAUGGGUCGGAAGCACGCAGGGAGACGGCGCUGCUAGAGCUGAGCAAGAAGCGGGAACAGUACGAGGACUUGGCGCUGGUCCUGUGGCACUCCUUUGGCGUAAUGAGCAGUCUGUUGCAGGAAAUCAUCGCAGUAUACCCACUCCUCAGCCCGCCUGCUCUCACCGCCCAUGCUAGCAAUAGAGUCUGCAAUGCACUGGCCUUGCUGCAAUGUGUAGCAAGCCAUCAAGAGACUAGGUCUCUUUUCCUGCAAGCCCACAUUCCACUAUUCCUAUACCCGUUCCUCAACACAACGUCCAAGACUCGGCCAUUCGAGUACCUCAGACUGACUUCGCUUGGAGUCAUCGGAGCUCUCGUCAAGCAAUCGGACAACUCGCAGGUCAUCACCUUCCUUUUGUCCACGGAGAUCAUUCCCCUCUGUCUACGCAUCAUGGAGACUGGUUCUGAGUUGAGCAAGACCGUCGCCAUCUUCAUUGUACAGAAGAUCCUCCUCGACGAUGUUGGCCUUGCAUAUGUCUGUCAGACAUACGAGCGGUUCUAUGCUGUCGGCACGGUCCUGUCCAACAUGGUCAGCGGCAUCGAGGAGACCGGAGCGGUUAGGCUGUUGAAGCACGUUGUCAGGUGCUACCUUAGACUGAGCGAUAACCCUAGAGCUCGAGAAGCAUUGCGAGCGUGUCUUCCUGCACCUUUGCGGGACGCAACGUUCAGCCAGUUGCUCAAGAACGACCAUAUUACGAAGCGUUGCUUGGCUACUCUCCUGCUCAAUCUUUCCGAUCGAGUAGAGUCGUAG